UUUUGAUUAAGAAUUUUCUGUUAGAUUUUAGAGUUCAGUAUUUAAGCGAGGUGGGUGAAAUAAAGGUUUAUAAGUUAAGAGUAAUUUAGUAUUUUUUUGUCAAAUGAAUGCUAUUUCAAGAAAUUUUUAGUAUUAUUUUAUAAUAUUUUUUUUUAAAUGUGAUAUUUUGGAAAUUUUGAUCUCUAUGUGAUACAUUGAAGAAUUUGCUUUAACCAAAAGAAAUAGUUAAUGGCAAAAUCUGGAUCUUUUUUCUAAACCACCACAAGAAUCUAAAUGUAAUUUAAUUACCUAAAAUAUGCAUGAAGUGGCAGGCGAUAUAGACAAGUGGCGUACGUAAUGAAAACAAAAAGGGAUUAAUAAGAAAAAAAGAACAAAAAACAAAACAAACAAACACAUAACUGAAAAAGCUAACUGAUAAAAAGAUCGUUUUCUUCUUUGCUUCUCUCUCUCCAUCUCUACUUCAAACAGAAACUUCCCCAAUUCUUGAGUUUCUAGGUCUUUUUACUUCUUCUAAAUUCGAGACUCAAUUCUCCGGCAGACAUGACGGAUUCGACGACGACGACGGCGGCAGACGCCGUUACUCUGAAGCGGGAGUUUAAGAAGAUACUGACUGAGAUUUUAUCUUACGGAGGAGAAAGCAAAGAUCACGGUGAGACUGGAGUCUUGAUGAAAGCAAUUGACGAAGCGAAUAGAAUCAUCAACUGUCUGAGAGAAGUUGAACCGGGGACUGAUAUCCUUUCUCCUCCGUCGCCGGAAAAGGUGGAUGUGCCGAGAGAGUUUAAAUGUACACUCUCCAAGAAGAUCAUGAUCGAACCCGUCAUCAUAGCUUCUGGGCGGACUUAUGAGAAAAGAUAUAUCAAAGAGUGGCUGAAGCGUGAACGAACAUGUCCCAUAAGCAACCAAGUCCUCUCUCAUGUAUCCUUGACACCGAACCUUUUGGUAGAUGAGUUGAUUACACAAUGGUGUCUAGUUAACAAAUUUGAGCGGCCAAAAUCAUCUGAAGAGAUAGUUACUGAGCUCUUCACUGAUGGAAUAGACUCAUUGCUUCAGAGGAUUUCCUCUCCCUCCUCUGUUGCAGAUCAGGCACAAGCUGCGGAAGAGCUUCGCAGACAGACCAAGAGAUUCGCCAAUGUCCGAGCCUUCCUUGUCUCUGAACUCCCUGAUUCGAUCAAACGGUUGCUCACUCCUCUCUCUGCUGUUGACUUGAAUCUUGAGCUUCAGGAGAAUCUUAUCACAACCCUGUUCAACCUCUCCAUCGUUGAAAAGAAUAAAAGAAUAAUUGCUGAAAACCCUUUAGUGAUUCCACUGCUUACAAAGUCUUUAAAGCAGGGGACAUCUGAGACUCGAAGAAACUCUGCAGCGACUUUACUGUCACUUUCAGCCAUUGAGUCUAAUAGGCUCAUCAUCGGUAACUCUGAAACGCUCAAGGCUCUUAUAGGUUUAAUCGGAGAAGGGGGUUUAUUCACCACCGAGGCCGCCUCUGCGGUUUUCAACAUCUGUAGUGUAUCGGAGAACAGAGAAAAAGCUGUUUCAUCCGGUUUGAUUCCCGUUCUGACCAAUAAGAUCAAAGAAGGAAGCAAUGUGGCUGAGUUGUUAGCUCUCUUGGCGUUGCUUUCUACGCACAACCGUGGGGUUAAAGAAAUGAAUGAUCUAGGGUUUAUCAGUGAUCUGUUGAGUAUCUUGAGGAAACCGAGUUGUCCAGUGACUCACGAGAACGCUGUGGUGAUCGUCUUUAACAUGUGUGACAGAAACAGAGACAGGAGUGGAAGGCUGAAAGUGCUGAGCGAAGAGGAGAAUCAAUACGGGACGUUUACAAAGCUUGCGAAGCAAGGAUCAGAUCGUGCAGUGAGAAAAGCGGAAGCAAUUUUGAAGUGGCUUAAGAGACACGGUACCGGUAAAGCGCCGCAGAGGGGAUGAAGGAAAGGUCUUGUUGAUACAGAAGAUAUAGUUUUGCAAACUUACUAUUAGUACAUACAAAAUUGAUCGAAGCUAGAAAAAAGGUGUAUAUAAUAUAGUUUUCUCUGAGAAGUAAAAAGUGCCUGAAAAAAAAGUUGUAUAUAAUAUAGUUUCCGGUUAGUAGCACGGUCGUAAAUUGAGGACCUUGAGGGUUUAGAAAGAUUACAAAAGCAGGGGUUGUAAGUAACGCUCUGUUAUUUUCAAUGAAUGGAAUCCAAACAGAUCUAGUGGCAUUACCGUAAA